AAUUAAUGAUAAAUAACAUGCCAAUAUUGUGCGUACACACAACACACAGACAGUGCUUACAGAUUCAUCGUACGGAACCCUCUCCACGCGAGUUCAACUCGCGCUUGUCCAGUUUUUAUGCAGUCGGCUUGCACUACAAUAACUAAUGUAGACCAUCUUGGCACUUGUUUUAAUCUAUGUCGACAUAACUUCGACUUGUUCGGUAGUUAUACGUAACGACCUAUUAUGCAAUAACUCAAGGGCUAUUCCAAACUUACCGGUUAUACCACGUUGUACUUACUUGGUUAACUCAGUCGGUGUUUUAAAAUCGCUUGGAGACCUUGGACGGCCACUUUAGUUUAAGAUGUUUAUUUAUUUACUUUUGUUUAUUGCUUUUACAUUAAUUAGUUUAUACUUGCGUUAUGUGAACGUGCGGUUGAAUAAAUUAAUACCGACCGUACCUAAUGCUCUGUCUAUUUUCGAAAUUGGAUUAUAUAAUAUCGAUAUGCGAGAAAUAUUCAAGAAAAUCACGCACAUAGGUGAAUGGACAAAUAGCAAUGGCGGUGUCACUAAAUUCACCUUUGGACCCAUCGUAGUGUAUGUAAUAUCCUCGGCGCCAGAUAUGUCAACAGUUUUAACCCGAUGCCUAGACAAAAUGUUCAUAUACGACCUGAUAAGGCCUUAUGUUGGCGCUGAAAUGGUUGCUGCUAGUGUACCUGUUUGGAAACGAAACAGACGAAUAUUAGAUGCCGCGUUCAAACCACACGUACUGGAUGGCUACAUCAAUUUGUUCAACCAUCAAGCAAUGCGUCUCACUGAAACUAUGGCUAACCACGUGAAUACGGAUAUGGACUUUACUAAGAUAAUAACACGAAAUCUUUUGGAAACUGUGAGCCAAACUACGAUGGGUAUGAAGAUUGAUGGUGAAGAUCUCAUCACAGACAGUUACUCCAAAGCCGUAGACAAGGUGAUGGAAACCAUCACCGACAGGUUCAGAUACCCUUGGAACAUACUGGACUUUGUGUUUAAUAACUUCAGCACCUUGAAGAAGGAACAGGAUGACGCGUUAAAGAUAAUUUGGAGUUUAUCUGAUCAGAUGGUUAAACAAAAGAAGGAAGAAAUUUUGCACAAACAUAGUCAUAAGCAGGAUUACCAAAACAAAGGAGUAAAGUUCCAGAGUUCACUAGAAAUACUUUUGGAGAAUACAAUGAAUUCAGAAAACGACAGUAUGUUAACCGAUUUACAACUAAGACAAAUUGUGGAUAAUCUUAUGCUGGCGGGCUUUGAUACGACUGCGCCUACGAUUUUGCUGGCUUUGGUGUGUAUUGGCAGUUAUCCACGCGUCCAAGAGAAAGUUUAUAAUGAGAUAAUAAAUGAACUUGGUAAAGAAGCAAGACCAAUCUUCAAGGAUGAUUUACCAAAACUGCCAUACUUGGAAGCGGUGAUGAAGGAGACAUUAAGGCUGUAUCCUUCUGGGACGGUAGUAGCCAGGACUACCACUACAGAGGUACAAUUAGAAAACUUCGCAAUACCUGCAGGCUGUCAUGUAAUGGGUCACAUCUGGGCGCUGAACAGGAACAAGGAGUACUGGGGUCCAGAUGCUGAUGAGUUCAGACCUGAACGCUGGCUGGAUGACGUUGUGCCUACCCAUCCAGCUGCAUUCGCGACUUUUUCCCCUGGAAGAAGGAAUUGUAUCGGUAAAUCAUAUGUGAUGACGCUGAUGAAGAUCACCUUAGCUCACGUCAUCAGAAAGUUCCACAUCACAGCAGACGAUUCGAAGCUCGAACUGGAGUUUGUGAUACUGCUCAAACCUGCGGCUGGUCAUUCCAUUCAACUAGAACUGAGGAGUGAUGAAAAAUACAGAUGAUAAUAAUUCCAGCAAGUAAAACUACGUGGUUUCAGCUGGAGUCAACAAUUAGUAUGUGUAAAUAAUGUCUUUUUUUUUGUAAUUUUGAAUAAUAAAAAAUAUAUAUCGAUAUAU